CCGUACUAUCACUUCGGCUGUGGGAUUUGGCGACUUAGUAUGGUUGAAAUGGCUGUUAGCACAAUAGAAAGCUCGCCGGCAGAUCCGGUGGGGCUAGGUGGCUUCAAUAUCAAAACUCUCCGGUUCCGCCCCGAAGAGGUAUGGGAGCACCCGGAGUUCAUCUGAUGUUUUCCAACAUAUCCCCUUCAAGAAAUUGAGUUGAAGAGUAACAUUUCAAACAGGGAGUAUGGAAGUGUCAAUCUUCACUCAUCUGAAACUCGUGCUCAUCUUCCACACCGAUUGCGCAAUAUUUCCCGAUUUCUCUGCAGCACAGGCCGGACUUAACAUGUGUGACAGCUGCGCGGGGCAGGGAGGGGGCAUGCCGAAGGCAAGCGGACACCGGCGAGCUCAGUCAAUCAUAAUGCAAACUUCCGUCUCCCGCCAUAACAGCGUAUAAUUCCAAACCAUGGCUCAUAUAUAAAAGUUUUGUGUAACCUUAACUGUAUGUCUCUCUCUCCCGUCUGAAGAGUUGUAUCCUCAUCUUCUAGAACGUAGCAGAAACAGAGUAGUAACUUGUAACUCCCGUACCCACCAUACCAACACCUCGUUCCUACCCCUCCAAUUUGAUAUUCACUCACCCCCACCGUCUCCCCCGUUGACCACCACCUCCCCUAUUUAUUUACCAUCCCGAACAUCCCAACAUCAACCACCACCACUCACCUAUCCCAUCCCAAAUCCAGUUUUCUCCUCACAACACAACCCCCUUUCAACCAUCAAAAUGUCCGGUCUCAAAGCAGGCGACUCCUUCCCCCCCAACGUAACCUUUACCUACGUCCCCCCCACCGGCGACCUCAACGUCACCGCCUGCGGCAUCGGCAUCCAAUACGACGCCAGCAAAGAAUUCGCCUCCAAGAAAGUAGUCCUCGUCGCCGUCCCCGGCGCCUUCACCCCAACCUGCCAGGUCUCCCACGUGACCUCCUACCUCGCCAAGCUGGACGACCUCAAGGCCAAGGGCGUCGACCAGGUCAUCUUCAUCGCCUCCAACGACCACUGGGUCAUGGCCGCUUGGGGCAAGGCGAACGGUGUCAAGGAUGAUUCUAUUCUAUUCAUGUCCGACACCGGUCUGGAAUUCUCCAAGAGCAUCGGCUGGACUCAGGGUGAUCGCACGCUGAGAUACGCCAUCGUUGUUGACCACGGCAAGGUCACCUACGCCGAGGUCGAUUCUGUUAGAGGCAGCAUCGAGAACACUGGCGCCGAGGGUGUUCUUGCUAAACUUUAAAGUGGCUGUCCAGCCCAAUUAUUGGAAAAAGGGACAUGGUCGGUUUUAUGAACAACACCGUGGGGUUUGAAACUAUAGAUUUUAGAAGGAUUCCCACAUUCAAAUGUUGAGACCCCUUUCGAUGUUCCAGGCUGAAGUUUAUGACCCUUCGUGAAUGAGAGAGUCCCUAAAACAAUCAUUGCCCAUCCGGU